CCCUCCAUCGCUCCUCACCACAUUAUCGAUUGGGAAGCAGCCGUCGACAAACCCUCAACUUCCCAUUCUGCCCCUCCUCCUCCUCCCCCAAUUCACAAACCAUCGUUUCCUUCAACGCCUCAGCCGGAGCCUCGAGAUUCCGGCCAUGGGAGAGCGCCCCGUGUUCAAUUGACGCCGAAAAAGCCCAACUUGGCUUUACCCAGUUAAUUUUCCGGGGCGUGACUAUCAACCAGACUCGGGAAGACGCUUAUCGCUGCAUUUGUUAUGUAUAACUACUUCAGAUGGUUUCCUGAUGAAACAAAAGAUCCACAGAACUCGAGGGUCAUGAUUUUCUCAAUCUUCAAGGUUAGUGUCAGGGCGAUAAUAAAUGCAUUGGCAAACAUCGGCAAUUUAGUUAGAGCUACUGAGUUUAUUGGUCAAAGUUCAGGGAAAAUACUUAAAGGCCAGUCACAAAUAGUUCACCAAGCUGUGUUGGAAGUACCUAUGCUUCUUUUGCCUGCCUUUUCCAAGCACCUUGCUUCGGCUAACUCAAAAUCUACCUCAGAAAUUUUGUGCUGGUGGAUACAGUGUUAUUGUUGCCACAUCAAUUGGUGAAGAUGGUUUGGAUAUCAUGGAUACAGUGUUAUAUGCUUCAAUGCAAAUGUUUCACCAUUGAGGGUGAUUCAACGGAUGGGAAGAACCGGAAGGAAGCAUGAUGGAUGAGUUGAUAUCCUUUUCUUGAGUAAUGAAUUUAUGUAAUCUGCAUCAACGCAUGUCUUCUUUGUUCUCCCACUCUCACCAAAUUCGUAUAUAUAUUUUUCUUUAUUCCCCUACAUUCCCUGUUCAAUGCAUCAUGUAAUAAAUCCUUGACAAGGGCUACUAGUUUUAGCCUGUGAAGGAGCGAGUUGAAAUGUCAAUCGGAGGCUAACAAAUAGCAAGAAUGUGAGCAAACACAUGCGAAAUGGGGGAACAAAUAAUUCUUGGGAUUUUCAUUCUAGCCCGAGGAUGUUUGGAUUUUCUAAGGAAGACUGCAUCAUUUUAUUUAGUAACACUGUACUGUUACCUUUCAGACCUAUUGAUUGUCUCGUUUUUCUUGGGAUUUUCCAAGAAUCCAAUAUGUUGAGUUUUCAAUUGAACAAUUCGUUGGUCCUGGAAAGAAAGUCAAAGAUGAUACAUCAAUUCAGACACCUGUAACUAUAGAGAAGUUAACUGUUGCUGUAACUAUAGAGAAGUUAACUGUUGCUGUAACUAACUGUAGUAAACUCGAGAUCGACUUUCAGGUGGAAACUGUUGAUCAUCUUUUUAAGAACUGUUCUUUUGCCUCCCAGGUUUGG